CUUCCGUCAGCAAAUGUCUCAGUACUCUGCCUUCGAAUGUAAAGUGAAUGCCAGUGCAUGGAAAGCUGCAGAAAAAGAAGUCCGUUCCGUUGUCAAGGAAGAUGCCGCCCUCGUUCUGGAUGCAUCCCGGGGGAUUUUGACUGUGGCUGGCCGGGGUGACGAUAUAAAGAAAGUCAAAGGUCCUGUGGAGAACAUCGUUCUUAAAGCCAUCAGCCAGAUCAAACGGCAGACAGAAGGUGUAUCUGAGAGUAUCGAUAUGUCCCCUGCAAAGUUCUACAUCCGGAAUCAGGAGGGCUUACUCAAAGCUGCCCUGGACAUUUCCCCUGACAUGAAAAUCUCGUUGGAUGAAGGCGCCCAGAAGUUAACCAUUACAGGACUACCUGCAGAAGUUUACAAGACUAAGUCAUGGAUCUUGGAGCGGACCGUGGGUAUGAGUAAGAAGCAGCUGAAUGUCCCUCCAAGUCUUUUAGACUAUCUUAAUACAGUGGAUGCCAUGGACAUGUCAAAGAGCCUGUUCACAUCCCAAGGCAUCAGUGCCAUCUACAGCAUUGAUAGCAAAGGGGUUUUACUGUUGGGGACUUCUGAGCCUGUCCUUGCUGUUGCAGAGAAAAAGAUGCAGACAAUGUUUAGUGUGGAGACUCUGGAUGUGGAAGAUCAAGAAGUUCUGAAACUUCCCAACUGGGUGGACCUAAACCAACAGCUGUUGGAUACCUUCAACUCCUUAAAGAAUAAAACAGUGGCCAUUCAGAUCCAACCAGAAAGAAGAAACCAAAUAACUGUGACCGGCUUCCAGAUUCCAGUAAAAGAGGUUAGCAAUAGUCUGAGGGAAUUCAUUGUUAACUUCUCACAAGUUAAAGAAACCAUUCGCGUCGGGUCCUUUGCAGUUGUUCAGUUCAUUGAGAAUAAAAAAAAACAAGAGUGGUUCAGUAUUGCCAAAGAUAAUGCUGUUAAAGUCCAAUUUGAUUCAGAGAGGCCAAAGAUAACUUUGGCAGGGGCUCGUCUUCAUGUACAGAAAGCCAAAUGCUGCUUUCAGGAACUGACUAGUGCUCUCUCCACUGACAACUUUGUUGUGGAUAAGCCUGGAGCCAAGAAGUACUUCCAGACUCAAGGAAGCCUUUUCCUUUCUACAAUAAUGACCGAAUACAGCUGUGUGGUCGUGCUCUGUCCAGAGAAUCAAGAAGAAGAGGAAGAAGAGAACUACGGGGAAGAAAAUGGCCUUUGUUUUUGCAAAGUGAAGACUGCCAAUGGGGUUCUAGUUUCCGUCAGCAAUGCAGACAUCUGCACCCUAAACGUGGAUGCGGUGGUCAAUGCUGCUAAUGAAGACUUACAGCACAUUGGAGGCCUGGCUCAUGCACUUCUCAUGGCUGCAGGACCAGAACUGCAGAAAAUCAGCAAUGACUAUAUACAGGUAAAAGGAAAACUUCGCCCAGGUGAAGCCAUCGUAACAGGUGCAUGCAACCUGCCUUGCAAGUACGUCGUACAUGCCGUCGGUCCUCGUUUCCAUGACUCAGAUAAGAGGACAGCAGUGUCACGUCUGAAGCUUGCUGUUAAAAACAGUCUGAAACAAGCAGAGCAAGUUAACUGCUCCACCAUUGCACUGCCAGCGAUCAGCUCAGGAGUGUUCGGGUUUCCUGUGGACCUCUGUGCUGACACCAUAGCACAGGCAGUGAAGGAGUACUGUGACAGUCCAGGAGCUCCACGGUCACUGACGGAGAUCCAGCUGGUGGACAACAUCCAUAACACCGUUAAGGUCUUGGCCACAGCUGUCAACAGAGAGUUCAAUGACCUCGGACCCAUUUUGACUCUACCACAGCUGGCAGGAGGAAGAGGCACCGGGGUUUCAGGCUUUACUGCUUACUCCCCAGCAGACAUCAGUGGGGUCGAGGUCAAAGCCAGUCAUCCAGGGGCCAUCAAGGCGCUGAAAGAGGAGGAGGACGCAGAGGUGGACGCCGAGGAGGACGUGAAGGAGAACCCGGAGGAGGAGGAAAAGGAGGAGAACGCGGAGGAGCAUCUCGGGGGACAGCAGCUGGAUUUAACAGGGGAAGUCAGAGCCCCAGGGGACACUCCAGGUCUGAAGGGCAUGGAGGGUCAGGGAAGAUGGAGCAGACCACGUCGGAGGGUCUUAGGAUUGUUCUGCUGAAGGGAAACAUCCAGGACCAGACUGUGAGUAUUAUUAAAGCACCAAUUGAAAAACAGUUGAUGAUAAACUGUAGUAUAUUACUGAUGCAGGUUUCUGUGGAUGCCUUAUUCUGAAAGUAGCUGUUGUGGAUUAGGUAGGUAAUAUCUACUAGAUGGUAAAAGUAAUAAUAGGACAAAUUCGGGUGAAUGCCAGUAACUUUGGCUUUAAGAAUAAUUCCCAUUCUUAAACUUGGAUACCAUUUUUGCUUUUAUCAUUUUUCAUAUUGAUUAUGAUAAUGAUCUACAUAAAGUCAUCAAGUUCAGAAAAAGUGAUAAGGGGGCAGCAGGCUGAGUUAAAUGGUUUAAACAUGAAAAUACUAUAGCAGAGAGUACAUAACAAGCAAGUAACGACAGACAAACAAAAAAUACUACACUAAUCAUUAGUUACAAGGGCAAGACAGAAGGAGAGUAGACAACCUGACACGGAAAGAGGAGACAAAGGUGAGUAUACCAAAAUAAAACAAUAAAUAAUAACUGAAAACUAGAAACAAGUGAAACAUUACCAAAGAACGCCACUGUCAAAAAGGAAAAUGUUUAAACAAAA